GUUAUCGAACCGAACAGUUUGAUUUGUUGUACCCGGUAAAUAGUUGCUUUUUAAUACUGCAAUUGUUUACGAAAGCCUAACCAAAUCAUAAUUAUUUUCUGAUUUUUACACGGUGAAAAAAAAACAAUCAAAAUGACGAUCGGUAAGAACAAUAAGAUGCUGCAACACAUAAAUUACAGAGUCAGAAUCAUUUUACAAGAUUCCAGGACCUUCAUAGGCACAUUCAAAGCUUUCGAUAAGCAUAUGAACUUGAUACUUGGUGAUUGCGAAGAAUUUCGUAAAAUUAAACCAAAGAAUACAAAGCAACCGGAGAGAGAAGACAAACGUGUAUUAGGUUUUGUACUCUUAAGGGGGGAAAAUAUUGUUUCAUUGACCGUGGAAGGACCUCCGCCACCGGAAGAAGGACUGCCCAGAGUACCUAUUCCCGGUGCUGCGCCAGGACCUGGCAUGGGUCGUGCAACUGGUCGUGGUAUGCCUGCAAAUGUUGCCGGAGUACCUGCCGGAUUGCAAGGACCUGUUCGAGGUGUUGGUGGCCCGUCGCAGCAGAUAAUGACACCGGGAGCCAGGGGUCAAGUCUCUGCACCUCCGCAGAUGCAUCCUGGUGGCCCUCCACGUAUGCCAGUUGGAGGCCCUCCACCAGGGAUGAUGGGUCCACCACCUGGGAUGAUGGGUAUGCCACCAGGAAUGCCACCCAUGGGGCGUGGAGGUCCACCAAUGGGACCACCAGGAAUGAGGGGUCCACCUCCUGGUAUGAUGCGGGGUGGGCCACCUCCACGUCCAUAUUAAUAAUUUUUUAAAUAUAUUACUGUAUCUGAUAAUAAUAAAAAUCCCCUUUGUAAUUCUAA